AUGUCAAAAUUUGAUGUGCAUCAUGAUAAUAUGGCUUCCAGUGCACUAGAAGAAAAAAUUAUUAAGAUUAAAUUACAAAAUGAAGAGAUAAGGCGGAGACAUGAGGAGGUCGAAGCUGAUAAGAAAAAUGCAGCAAAACUAAAUGCUUUAGUAAAAAUGGUACCAUCGGAUGAUUGGCCAGAGAGGAAGGAGCCACCAGAGUUUUCUGCUCCACCUAAAAUAACACAGAAACAAAAAGCUUUAAAUAAGGAACAUAAUGAUAGACCUCCGCAACAUUAUUCAGGAAUUCAAGAUAGACUUGGCAAAAAAGAUCACAAAUUUGCUCAGGGAGAUGGACCGCCACCUGAUCCAAAAUAUAAUUUCUUAGCGGAUUCAGAAAGGGAAAUACGUAUUACGGAUAAUAGUAGGGUAGAUGAAAGUAAGAACAGAUCUAGAAACAAGGCCUCUCGUGGAUCCAAAAAACGAGGAGGUGAUAGCGGAGGAGGAUCUAGAGAUGCAUAUUUCAAAGAUAAUCGUGGCCCACAUGCGUUUUACAGUAGAGAAGAAGCUCUACCGGAAUACGAAGCAUGGAGAGCUGAACGAAAUAGAAUCGAUGAGGCACGUAUUAGUCGACAGAAAACCGCCGAAGGCAAUUGGCGCAGAGAAUGGGAUAGCAAUAAAACAAAUGUUGAAAAAGAUCCUUUAAGAAAAGGAGAUUCUAAUAGAAAAGAAUCAAAUAAUUAUGACAGGAGAAAUAAUCAUUAUGACAGUGAUUAUUCUAAUCGUGGUCAUGGCGGAAGUAGAACGUAUCACGGUUCUCAAAAAAAUCACAAUCAAGAUUAUCGACGUUCACAUCAUGAACAAAUUCACGAAUAUAAGAGACAAUUAGAUAAUAAGCCGCCUUUGUCACCAAAUGAUGAUAGAACAGUCACUGCUACUGAUAAAAGUAUUAAAGUAACAUUGAAUCAUGGAAAUCAAACCAAAGGUCCAGUAAUGAGUGUAAAAGUGAAUUCACCAAGUAUUGCUGGUACUGGAAGAGUUGGUCCGCGACAGAAGAGUCGAGUUACUUACAGCAGUCAGUCGGAUGCUGAUGUGACUGUUCAUGAAUUAAAUAAUUUUUCUAGACAGAAGUCUUUUGACGAAAAGACGGCUGGAGCGUACUUCAAUAGCGGACAAAAGUCAACGCCAAAAAGCCCUUUCUCUCAAAGAAAGAAAGAUAGUAACUCUAAAUCCGCUUACAAUCAGAGGAAAGAAUUUAAAAAUGACGAAUCAUCAACUCGAACUAAAAUUGCAAUAAAAACAACUUACUCUCAGAGGAAUGAAUCUAAAGAUCAAAGACAAUUAAACAAUUUAUCAUCCAAAGUACAACGAAUUCAAAAGCGAAGUCAAAAACAAUGUGUAAUAAAUAAAGAAGAGAGUCUAUCUAUUUCCGACGAAGCAAUACCUUGUGAAUAUAAUCCUGAUAAGUCUUUUAGUGCUCGUGAAGAUGUAAACAAAGAAAAACUUGAUACUGAAUAUGAA